AUGGCAGGCCUGGGACUUGCAGCAUUGGCUCUUGUACCACUUGCCUCAUCCCUGACAUGCUGGCGGGACACCAACUGCACAGGCCCAACCGACACAGCUUUCCCAGGACCAUGGGAAGCGAACAACUUCUCGCCCGCAAGCCGUACUGUCUCUCCAGCCACGGUGUUCUCGUUGGACGACACAUCCGCCACCACACCCUACCGAGGAACCUCUCAACUAGAAGGCAACGGCACCGCACUAGUCUACGAUUUCGGCAUUGAAGUGGGCGGGAUCGUGACAGUCAAAUACAGCACAACAGGCGGCUCUGGAUCCCUAGGUCUCGCUUUCACAGAAGCAAGAAACUGGAUCGGUCUAGCAAGCGAUUCAUCCAAUGGCGCUUUCGGCAGCUCGAAUGCGUCUCUGAGGAACAACAUCGACCAAGGCUGCAACGAGGGAGCUCUUCACGACUACUUCACCAGUGCUGGCAAUCACAGCUAUACGAUGGACUUGCCACAUCUCCGAGGCGGGUUUAGAUAUCUCACCUUGUUUCUGCUUACAAACAGCAGUGGCACAGCCCUUGAUAUUAACGACGUGACGCUCGAAAUCGGCUUCCAACCUACCUGGUCCAACCUCCGCGCCUAUCAAGGCUACUUCCACUCCGACGACGCCGAGCUCAACAAAAUCUGGUACAGCGGCGCCUACACCCUCCAGACCAACAACGUCCCUACCGAUACUGGAAGGUGGAUCCCCGCGCUGACUUCUGGUUGGGCAAACAAUGGGACACUGUCCAAUGGCUCGACGGUGAUAGUCGAUGGUGCGAAGCGUGAUCGUGCCGUCUGGCCGGGCGACAUGGGAAUCGCUGUCCCUUCCACUUUUGUCUCGAUCGGUGACUUGGAGAGUGUGGUUAAUGCGCUAUUGACCAUGUAUGCACAUCAGAAUAAGGAUGGGAGCUUUCCUGAGGCUGGGCCACCGUUGUUGCAGCAAGGGAGUGAUACUUAUCAUAUGUGGACUAUGAUUGGGACGUACAACUACGUGCUUUACACAAAUGAUACAGCUUUCCUACAGCAUAUCUGGGGCCAGUACCAGUUCGCUAUGGAAUAUGUCUACAAGAAGGUCUUGCAGCCGGAUGGUCUGCUCAAUGUAACCGGUACCCGUGAUUGGGCUCGCAAUCAGCAAGGUGGCAAUAACACCGAGGCCAAUAUGAUAUUGUACCGCACCUUAAUCACUGGCUCUUCUCUCGCGACAUGGGCAGGCAACAGCUCUCUCGCUUCGACGUACACGGCGCGAGCAGAGACGUUAGCAGGCAAUAUCAUCAAGAACACCUAUGAUACCGCCUACGGUGCGUUCAAAGACAAUAACACGGACACGACCCUGCAUCCUCAAGACGCGAACAGCAUGGCGCUCCUCUUCGGUGUCCUCUCCAACACCUCCUCUCAAGCUCAAUCUGUCUCCGAGCGCCUAACAGAUAACUGGACACCCAUUGGUGCUGAGGCGCCAGAGCUGGUGAACAAUAUCAGUCCCUUCAUCAGCAGUUUCGAGAUCCAGGGUCAUUUUACUAUCGGACAGACCGAUCGUGCGUUGGACCUGAUUAGGAGGAGUUGGGGCUGGUAUUUGAACAAUCCGAAUGGGACGCAGAGUACGGUUAUUGAGGGGUAUUUGACUAACGGGAGUUUCGGGUAUAGGAAUUAUCGAGGGUAUAAUUACGAUAGCUCAUAUGUGAGCCACGCUCAUGGCUGGUCGUCGGGUCCGACGAGCGCAUUGACGAAUUAUAUUCUUGGGCUUGAGGUUACGGGGCCAGCGGGUAGUGAGUGGAGGUUUGCGCCGCAGUUCGGAGACUUGACUAGUGUGCAGGGUGGGUUUAUGACGAAGCUUGGGGUGUUCCAAGCGUUGUGGAAUGUGACGGAUGGCGGACGGGGAUAUGAGGCUUCGUGGAAGGUGCCAGAGGGCACGACGGGGAGUGUUACGCUGCCUUCUUUGCCUGCUGGCUGCGACGGAAAUGUUACGUGGAAUGGAAGGCAUCAUGGUCGAGUUGGCGGGCGGGGUGGGAUGAAGUCGGGUGCUGGUGGUGGGUGGCACAAUGUGCGAGUCGUGCCGUGGUAA